GGGGACGGGUCGCGUCCGUUCGCCUGUCGUUAACGACUGAAAUCGUGUCGCUUCGUGUGGCUUCGACUGGCCGUCGCGUCGUGUCGUAUAUAAAAAGACAGAUAGCGCAACGGCCCAAGCACCCGGCUGUUUGACCUUCGUUUUCCAAGCGGGUAUCCGGAUUCCGGCUUUUAUUUUACUGCAUUUCGCUGUGAUCGCACGGUAUCGACACGCGUACGUCGUGUGUAUCUCCAGGUUAUGUUUCUAGCUGUUUUAUAGACGUAAACACUCAAGUUCAUAAAUUCAGGAUGACUGAAUAUGAUAUAGAUAUUGAACUGUUUAUAACGUUAGUUCAGGAACAUCCUGUUAUAUGGGAUAGGUCGGACAAAGAUUACAAACAUAGAAAUCCGACGGCUCAAGCAUGGAGGGAUAUUUGUUCGGUCCUUGUGGAAAAUUACAGUUCUGAGGAUGAAUAUAAAAAGUCCCAAAUAUCUAACACUGUUCACAGGAAAUGGACAAAUCUUAAAGACUCGUGGAUAAGGUGUUUCAAAAAAGAUAUCGAGCUGAGAAAAAGCGGUAGGAAUAAAUCGAGAAAAUACAUAUAUCAUGACCAAAUGGCUUUCUUGCGGAAGAACUUCGUAGAAACGAAUGGCAGUGAAUCAAGCCUAACGGAAGAAAAUGAUCCUGGCACUAAACCUUUCAUGGAUGAUAGUAAUUCUCAGAUUUACACUUUAACGUUUCCUCAAUCCCCUGUUGAAAAUGAAUGCGAAGUAGACGUGGAACUGCUGAUAUCUCUAGUUGCAGAACGUCCUGCUAUAUGGGAUAGAACGCACCGUUAUUACAAGCAUAAGAAGGCAUCAGCGCAAGCAUGGAAAGAGAUUUGUACUAUAGUUGUAGAUCAAUACAUGAAAGCAGAGGAUACUGAAAAAGUUCAGAUAUGUAGAACAGUACAACGGAAAUGGACGAAUAUAAGAGAUACAUGGACGAAGUUUGUUAAAAAAGAAGCAGAUAUGAGAAAAUCUGGAAUUACUCCAACAAACUUGAAGAAGUACACAUAUCAUGAUAACCUGUUUUUCUUACAAAGGAAUCUUCAAAACAAUAAUGCUCCCUCGAACACAAUGGAUGCAAAAGAACUUAGCCUACAAAACUCUACAGAUGAUAGUAAUGAACACACAAACGUAAACACGUCGAACUCAAACAGAAAACGGAAUAAUGAUCCAUUCGAAACUCAAAAUUUUGGAGUAGCAAAUAUAAAUGACGAACUGGAUGCAAAGGAUGUCGGUUACAUUAAUUUUACAGAUGAUAGCAGUGACGCCCUACGAUCAACCCGUACUCAAUCCCCAGUCAAUAAUUCUCAAAUACGCAUGGGUAGCACAUGUAACACCAAGAAAAUGAGAUUCACUCAAGCCGAGGAAGUGGAAUUAGGAGAAAAUCGUCAUAUGUGUUUUUUCAGAGGUAUACUUCCUUCUCUUAAUGAUUUUGAUGAUGAUCAGACUAUAGAAUUCCAGAUGAAAGUCUUGUCCACUAUAAGGGAUAUAAAGAAAUAUCGGUUGAACUCAAACUUAUUGGAUAAUGCGAACGCACCUAGCUUUGCAACUCAUAGUGAUACUCCAUUCGCAAGCAUACGGAAUAUGAAUCCAGAACGAAGUGCUCAAACUAUUUCAAGCACUUCUGCUCCAAACCGGUCACCAGGCUUCAUUUCGUCAUCACCACUAUCUGCUAAGCUUGAAUAUGAUUCUCCAGAUUCGCCUGCUUCACCAAGUGCUCCGACAUAGAUUCAUUGGAGUUAUUGAAUAGGUAUUCUUAGAUUUUCAUGAGGUUAAGUACUGAUAUGAUAGAGACUGCUAUCUAUUUGUCU